CAUAGUUGCGUUUCCAACGUCAGUCAAACUUUGCUCUCCCCCAUUUCACAUUGUGAACCGACGCUCCUAAAUCACGUGCGCUCAUUGCGUCAAGGCGCACUGCGUGUUUCAGAACAUUUGGAAAAGUGAAGACUUGGGCUGGAGGUGAUUUUGGUGUAUUAACUGAGUGAUUAAGAAGGCACCCUGGGUAUUCUGAAAGUGGGGAAUUCCUUCAGCCAUUCCACGGUUACCUCAACGUCACCCAAUCCUGGAACAUCGUCGGAACCAGGAAUCCAGAGCUAUGUGCACGCCGGUAUAGCACUCAUAGUGGGAGGCGAGCCGAAGUGGCUCGCCGGAUAUGGAAGUGGAAGUUCGGGAGAGUACGUCGAUGGACAACCGAAGACCUGACUCUACGCAACUCUUAGUAAACAACACACCGAUCUACCCCUAUGGAGAAAGCACAGAAGUGGUGGUGAGAGUAGAAGAAGUCGUUCUGGUAGCUCUUGUGCUAUUGAUUUGGGUGGCAGCCAUCGCACUGUUCAUCAACAGAUGGGGAAAAAUAAGAAUGUUGGAGCCUUAUCAGCCAAAGUUUCAUCAACAACCACACAGACCUUCAUGUCCUUUGGCUCCUUUGAGCCCUCCAUUACCAACUAGUAAUUCGACCAUCAGGGCCCAAAAACUACAGAAUCCACGAAUGUCGUUCUCAAAAUACAACGUGAAUGCAAUGACAGAUCCACUGUCAGCCUUACCAUCGCCAAUUAUCCGGAAACAACGCCGGAGUUCUGUUUUCGUUGGAAGCAGCCCUGCUGCGUUUAUAUUGAACCCACCUCCCAGAAGAACGAAGUCUGCCAUGGACAUCCAUCAUCUGGUCAUCAACGAACGCAGCCCUACUUUGUCGCUGACAGGUAAUAGGAAAGGAUCUGUCAUCCCCAUCAUCAACAAGGACCGUCGACCAUCCAUAUCAGCAUUCGAUCGUUCCCCUUAUUUGAGCCAUCACAGAGCAUCAGUGUCGAUAGAAAGGCCUAUUGUUGCCCUCCAACAUUACAAGAGUCGCCGGUCUUCCUGCUUCAUUGAACGACCAGUCUUCAGCCACAUCGGUGGACACCGUUCGAAAAACUUCAUGAGUUUCGAAACUGCAUCUCAUGCUGAUCGAAAAACGUCAAUAAAUAUCGAGAGGCCUUCUUGUAGUUUUCAUCAUCAACCUAUCAUAAGUUUGGAUAGUUCCAAGGAUUCUUCGGCAAGUUCAACAACUUCGUCGAAACCCUUGGUUCUCAUCGAUUCGCCGUUUUUACCCGAGAACAUCCCGGAGUUAACCUUACCAAAGUUAUCCAGGAGUUUUGAGCAACCUCCAAAGAGAAAACCAAGACCUGAGAGGAUGGCCAACAGUCUGGAAAUAUCCAUCUUGAAUUUCGAGAAGAAACCAAUACAAGAAGAAGAAAGGUGUGCUUCUCCAGAUGAAACACCCUCUCCAGAAAGAUCCAACUCGCCAAUUUCUAUAUAUAUCGAUGACACAAAAGUCACUGCUCCCCUUCUGGAGGGUCUCAAGAGUUCAGAUGUUUGACUUGGGAUAUCGAUGCUUUCUUUCGUCAGUCUAUCGCAAGUUGAAGUUUUCUGCAAUUCAAGUGGAUAUGAAAAUUAUUGCUCAUUGCUCAGAUGGCUAGUCAAAAUUUUCUAUUGAGACUAUUUGAUACUAAAAACCAUAUUUUUAUACUCCUAAGAAUUCAUUCCGUCACCCUCUAGGAAGCUUUGUCUAAGGAUACGAUACGAUUUUUCAGCUUCUCAACUGACAGAUCUGAACUUCAUUCGAACUUCUCAAAGCAUUCAAGGCUUAUUAUUGAUUCAA